AUGUCAACUUCCAUUGGAGCAACUGUGGAACUGUUUCAGUCCAUUACAACUGUGGCUGCUGCUUCUCCUCGCCCAGAAUUGUUAACUAAGAACUCAAGUGUGUCCGUUAUAAAGUCAUCUGGUUGCCUUUCGCCUAAGCUUUCUGUGCCGACUGGGGCCUGCAGAAAAUUUGAUUGCAGAGUUGGGGGGAGCGGAAGUGUUCCUUCUUCUUCAAUGGCGGCAAGAAGUACUCGUUUGAAUGCUACUGCAAAUGAUGAUGGUCAUGAAGGGCUUACGUAUAAGGGUGCUGGAGUUGACAUUGAUGCCGGGACAGAGCUUGUGAGACGAAUUGCCAAGAUGGCUCCUGGAAUUGGAGGAUUUGGAGGGCUAUUUCCUCUGGGUGAUUCCUAUCUUGUAGCUGGUACAGAUGGUGUAGGAACCAAGCUCAAGCUGGCAUUUGAAACUGGAAUUCAUGAUACCAUUGGGAUUGACCUGGUUGCAAUGAGUGUUAAUGACAUUGUCACUUCUGGAGCAAAGCCUUUAUUUUUCCUUGAUUACUACGCUACCAGCCAUCUUGAUGUUGAUCUUGCAGAGAAAGUUAUAAAAGGUAUCGUUGAUGGUUGCGAACAAUCUGAUUGUGUUCUCUUAGGUGGAGAGACUGCAGAGAUGCCAGGCUUUUACUCUCCUGGUGAAUACGAUCUUAGUGGCUUUGCAGUUGGCAUUGUCAAAAAAGAUUCAGUAAUUGACGGAAAAAACAUUGUUGCUGGAGAUAUCCUCAUUGGUCUUCCCUCGAGUGGAGUUCACUCGAACGGAUUUUCUCUUGUUAGAAGGGUUCUCGAACGAAGUGGUCUGUCUCUUAAGGACCAGCUUCCUGGUGGAUCUGUCACAUUAGGUGAGGCUUUGAUGGCACCAACUGUCAUUUAUGUGAAGCAGGUGCUUGACAUUAUUGGCAAGGGAGGAGUUAAGGGCAUUGCUCAUAUCACAGGGGGUGGUUUCACAGAGAACAUUCCGAGGGUUUUCCCAAAGGGCCUUGGGGCUGUCAUUCACAAGGACUCUUGGGUAAUUCCUCCUGUUUUUAAGUGGAUUCAAGAGGCUGGAGGAGUAGAUGAGGGUGAGAUGAGACGGACUUUCAACAUAGGAAUUGGGAUGGUUCUAGUUGUUGACAAGGAGGCUGCAAAUAGAAUACUAGAAGAUGCGGAGAGAACAAAUACAACAUGCCACCUCAUUGGUGAGGUUGUAAGUGGUGAAGGUGUGACCUUUCAAUGA